AUAUCGAGGGAUUGCAUCGUCUUUAUGAUAUAUUAAAAAAUAUUUUCUUACUUAAUAAGACUGCCUUGUUUGAAAUCAUGUUUAUCUUUUGAUGAAAAGAAGCCCGGUAAUAACAUAGUUGUUCCAUCUUAGAAUUGCUAGUUUACAAGGUCUUCUAUUUUUCAAUAACCUAACUAAUCAUUACAAUGAUCAAUUAUGCCUAUAAUACAAUAGCUACCAAAGAUCCCUCUGUACAACUUGUAUUUGAAUAUAUAAUUUUGAUGACUGUUGUUUUUAAUAUCAGUGUAAAGUAUGUCCUGCAUACUAUUGAUCUACAAAGUGAAACUCCAUGGGAUAACAAAUCAGUGUUGUUAUUAUACAUAGAAUUGAUUAUUGGAAUACUAAAGAUAAUAAAAUCGAGGUGAAAAUUUCCAACUUUAUUUUAAUUUAAUCGAGAUCUUCUUUCAGGUUUUUCUCUGUUACCUUUGUGAUCUUAAUGAUCAAGCUGUUCACAUUACCCUUAUUUGCAUUGCGUCCUAUGUAUUAUACAAUGCGAGAUUUCAAAAAAAUAUUUCAUAAUAUCUGAAUGUCUGGAAGAGCCAUCAGGAACAUGAACACUCUUUAUCCAGAUGCGACAACUAAAGAAUUGGCUGCUACUGAUAAUUUCUAUAUUAUAUGCCGAGCCAGAGAGGAGAUGGCAGCUAGUAAAAAAUUACCAUGUAAUCAUAUCUUCCAUACUGCAUGUUCUUGGUUCCAAUGCCAACAAAUAUGCCUGACGUGUCGUCGUUUGAAUAUCCUGAGGCCUACGCCAAAUAAUGCAUCAUCUAGACAACAAAAUCCUCCUCAGCCUGGACCGCAAAUACCUCCGCAAUCUCAGCAAGCACCUGAUGUUAAUCCUAUUGGCUCACCUUUUCACUUCCCAGUAUUUUGGGCUGGAUUAUCAGCUCCAAGAAUGCCACAGCAGCAGCAGCAUCAACAGCAACCUCCAAACAAUGCUGGAAGUAUUCUUCCACUUCAAAAUCCAGUACCACCUACUAGAAAUAUUCCACUUUUUCCGUCGCUAUUCCCUACAAUAGUACCAUUGCUACCUAUUCUUGUAUCACUCCCAAACUUAAUUGAAUUGAGCGAAGAAGAACUGAGAACAAUGGAAAGUAAUAUGCGACAAGCUGUACAAGCCAAAAUACAAACGCUGCAAAGGAUUCAACUCUUAUUGGAUGCGGCAAAUGCAAUGAUGAAUCAAUAUCAAACAACAGCUGCUACAGCGAACAUUCCUGUGAACAAUAAUUCUGCAAGCAAUAUCGACAGUACAUCGGAUAUGUCUACAAUGUCAAAACCAGGGACGAGCGGUACAGUGAACACAAACACUGGAGUUUGUAGCGAUAAUUCUCAAGUUAAAAUAGAAAUCUUAUUUCCAAGUACGUCAAAGGAAACUGCGUCUACUACAAGUAUAUUAAAGGAAGACACGUCUGCAUCUAAUGAUACGAUAGAUUUAUCUAAAACUGAAUCUUCAAGCGAACAAGAAAUGUUGCGCAGACUACAAAAAUUUGCAUCUCCACCGACAACAGAAUAAAUAAAGAACAUAAAAUUGUGUGAUAACUUAUGUAACAUAAUAAUCUUUAACUUGGUUUAUUA